UGUUUUCGGAAGUAAGUUUCUCUGCCCUGGCCUCUGCCCAGAGGCUAAAUAUUUCUAAAUUAUGAAGUGAGAGGUGUGUGUAGCUACCGUUAUGUAAACAUUUAGUUUGAUAAUAAGCAUGGCUCCCCUGAGUAAAUAGAAUGAGUAGAUACCUUGCUGAAUUCCCAAAGAUGUCUGAGCUUUCAGGUUUGAAGAACAGUUACGAUGGAGAGGUGCACAUGGGCAGUGAUGACACUUUUCUGAGGUCACUACGCAAAUACAUACAGCUUGAAAAGGAACAUUUGCCCACAUCAGAAAAAGCACCUGAUGACCAACGAUUAGUUAUUUACAGUUCUGCAUUUGACAAGCUAAUUGAGCAUGUGACUGCAUACAAGAGAAUCCUAACUGCUAUUAAGAAAGAAUAUGAAGACUUCAUAAAUUCGGUUAAAAAGAAUGACAGAGAUGCCAAGCUUGCCCAGAGGAAGCUGAAAGCCAUGAUUGCACAGCCCACUUCCCUGAUGUACUGUCAGCAACGAGCUGUGGAACUUCAAGAGAGGAUUGCAAUAAUUCAGAGAGAUACUGCUGAGCUCCAGGCAGAGCUGCAGAGGAUUGAGGAGAGCAGAAAAGACAAACAGCAAUCAGCGCAGCAGAAGACAUCAGACACCCAGACAUGUCACCCCAUUAGACAGAUACCAGGUUUGACAUUUGAAGAAUCAAUGAACCCGGCAACACUGGCCAAGUACCUAGAAGUCCUGGAGAGGAAGCGAGCAGACCUGCUGAACUUGAGGAAGAACCACUAUGUGUCUGUGCAAGUUAAGGCUGAGCUUGACGGCAAGGUGACGGCAGCCUUGGAUCAGAGAGAUGAGCUUGUAUUGGAGAACGACCAGCUUCACCUGCGUCUCCAACAACUACAGAGUGUAAAUGAUGUGAUUACUUCUUGGAAGAGUGAGGAAGAUGGUCCUUUGCUUGAGCACCUAUCAGCAAAACUAGAGCAAAUAGCUGAAAUGAAAGUGUCUGAUACAGUGGACAACAGUGGAGCAGCUCUUGAAGAAGAUGACCCCAGUAAAGCCAAUGAAUCAGAACUUCUUGUUGACUAUAUUGAGAGAUUCACAGACUUGUUUGAAAGUGGUGAUUAUGAGCUAGCUGCCUUCCAUGCAGCCAGAUCCCCACAUGGGGUACUACGGAAUAUGGAAACCAUGGAGAAAUUUAAAGCCAUUACGGUGUACCAGGGCGAGGUCCCGCCCCUGCUGCUGUUCUUCCAGGCCAUCAUGAACUCCGUGCAGGACGAGCGGCAGCUGCCGCGGGAGGACCUGUCCGUGGAGAGCGUGCGCUGCGCCCUGCAGCACAACUUUGUGGAGCUGGUCACUCACUGGGUCACUCAGCGCAGAUUAACUUACAGCGAAGCUCUUGGAGACGUGAUCUGUGGCCAUGGCGACAAGACGCUGCGGAUCACGGACACGUGCCUGGCACUGGCCCAGAUGGUCUACUCGGCCAGUGGCACGCACCGCAAGGCCGCCAUGACCAUGUGCAGGAGAGGCCUCACCUUCAGCGCCCUGGAGUUCAUGCAGCACAACAGCUUCACUCAUGAGGACUGUAUGCUGGUGCUCCGGAGUUGCCCCAGCUUGGUGCUGCUGCAGGCCCUGACGCGGGAGUACAAAGGCAGGGCUCCUGUGCUGUCCGUGGGUCUCGCGUGCCACUCGCUCCUCAGCUCCGACCUGGAGGACCUGGCCAUGGACCUGCUCGAGGAGAUGCACACAGGCAGCCAAGGCUUGCUGGAGAAGGCCAUCACUGAGGAGCCCAGGUGCAGAGCGGAGGUCUGGAGGGACAUCGCCAACUGCUGCUGCCUUAAAAACUACCAUCAUGUGGCACAAGAGAUCAACACCAUUCUGCAGUCUCACGCCCUGGCUGUGAGCUUUGCAUCGGGCAGAGAAGAAAACAAGGUUAUGGAUCACGUGUUCUUUUAGACGUGCGACCACUAGGUGGUGCAAAUGAGACAGAUAUAGCGAGCCUGAGCCACAGCAGAGCAUUGCAAAUAUCAGCCAUUUGAGAAACGUGAAGUCUUGUAUUCUGAUAGUAACC